CAAUUGGUGUACUGGGUUGUUCUCAACACCGAUAUGCACAGUGAGUAUGCCAGAAAAGAGCCAUAGUGGUACACGUCUGUGAAACAAGAACAGCAUCACAUUUCCUUGCUGUACUCCGUUUUGAGAACAUCGUCCUAUUUUUAUUCCUGUUCUUCUAUUUUCUCGUGCUAGUACACACACUCAUCAUUUCAUUGUAUAAUUUAUUAUAUUAUUCGCUGUACGUAUCAACCACGAAUCUCAGCUCAAUUGUAGGUUUUUGGGUUCGGUAGGUUCUGAAUUGAAACCAAGUCAAAAGUACAAGUUUGUUGACACGACACGUGCAUUUCAAAGCUCACACAUUACAUACGACACACCAUUUUCACAAUAAAUCAAUAAAUACAAAUUUACAUUUCAUGUGCGUAGAAUCAAUCCUCAACCACAUUGACUGACUGCUUGAGGUGAACUUCCGUGUUGAACAACUUUCACUCGAGUGAGUGGUAGGUAGCAUUAAGUACUUAAAUUGAACAAUUUGCUCACUUAUCCAUUCUCCACAAAAUUUUGUGUCAAAGAAGUCUUUACAACUGGUAUGUAGCGUCACUCCUCUCGUCUAAUUCUGGGGAUGACUACAAUAAAAAGGAAGCAGGAAUCACACAUAAGACGAAAGUGCAGUAGAUUGUGAGUCGCAGCAGCCAAACUGGCUGGCACACAGUCGUCAUUAUUCAGUUGUGUGUAACGAUUAUUCUCUGUCAAUUCGCCAAAAGCGGUAGUUGACCAACCUCUCGAGUUACCAGUUAAACGGACCUUUAUAUCAUUGAUAUUAUGUAAGAGCCAACUUUGGCAAUCGUGCCCGUGUUUCAAUUUGUACUUCAAAUCCGUUUUAUAUUGGUCUCAAAAUACCCUUGGACCUUUGGCCCGAUCACUGCAUUGUUUCAGAGCACGUACUAAACUCCUCCAAUCUCCAUUAUGCUUUUGUAGAUAGUGGUGAAACAUAAAUUUCGCGUUUGUAACAGCAACGCCUCUCUGAACUCUUCGACAAGGAGGGAGUGAAGUGCAAGAGAAAGUAUAAGAAAGUGACUUGAUAUACUUUAAUAAUGUCGUUUAUGGGGCAUACCAUCAUAAUCAUAAUAAUGCCAAAGUCCUUUCCACACUUGGCAUUUCAAGAGCUUCUGGGGCUUAUACUUUAAUGUCAGCGUGCAGCGGGUAGUUCUCCAAAAAACUGAGAAAUUCUCAUUUUUGCCACAGGACAAGGCAGUCAUGUUUUCCUCAUGGUUGUGAAAGGUCGUGACACAAUUUCGUCGACAAAAUGACUUUGGAAAAGUGUAUAAAAAUAAAUGACUCCUUAUCCAACACAAUGACCAAGCCAGAUUGCUCACAAACGACGCCUGACCAUCCCAUAAAAGCAGCAACAGUAGACGCACUUCCUCCCAAACACGUCCCCUCCACUACUAAUGACGCUGAUCCAGAUUUCAUCUGCCCUGUAUGCUCGUCCCCUAGCAUCAGCUCAUGUCGAAAUUGCAAGAAAAUCAGCUAUUGUGGGAAAGCUCACCAACGGCUUCACUGGAGAGUGCACAGGGCAGAGUGUUUUCCUCUGAUUCACCAGUAUGACCCCCACAUCCUGGGAAGCCGGCUUAUUGCCACAAGGAACAUCAAACCGGGAGAAAUAAUUUGGACAGAGAAAGCUCUACUCUCCGGCCCGGCUCUUCCCACUGCAAUUUCCCGUAGUAGCAGCUACAGACGAGGGGAAGGAGAAGAAGAGAAAGCAGAUUCAGCAGCAUGUUCCACCAAUCCAGCAGAAGAACUUGUUUGUCUAGGAUGCUUUCAAGUCGUAAACACGGAUUAUCGCUGCCCUUGCUGCUCUUUGCCACUGUGUGGUCCAAACUGUGUGGGAGAUCAUGUUGAGCUGGAGUGCAAAAUAUUUACAUCACUCCGGCAUGAACAACAACUGGUGGAUGGCUCGUCUCACCUGGCGGAAGGGCCGACGAGGCGUCCGCGGUGGGACGGAAAAUGUUACCACGGAGUCAUUACAAUCAUCCGGGGAGUUCUCCUCAAAGAAGUCGAUCCUCCCAGAUGGAAAAAGCUAUUGGAACUUGACGAGAUGUGGAAUGGGAAAGAAUGUGAUAAUUCUAAAAAAACAUCCAGCGCCACUAACUUUGGUCAAUUUUGCCAUGAAUUUAUCAUGAGCCUCGGUCUACUUAAUGUUACGAAUGAAGACGUUGCCCUCGUUUUGAGGGUCAUAUCUUACCGACGCUGUGAAGUUUAUGAUCCUCCUUCUCGUGACUUAUGGGAAAGACAUUGCUGGACCUCGAAGCCGCAUGCCUUUCACCUAUUUUACACUGCGUGCCAAGCCACUCCUAGCUGUGUUCCAAACUCUUCAUGGAUUAUUCAACGAGAUUCAACUACUUCAACUCCGACUACCCAAAUUCACUUACGAGCUUUAUUGCCAAUUCAGUUUGGGAGGACGGUUACCUUAUCAUAUGCAAAUGCAGAAAAGGGUAUAAAAGACCGUCAAGCAUUGUUGCCGAGGCAUGGUGAAAGCACUGUCUCAUGUGAAUGUGAAAGAUGCAAAGACCCUGAAGAGCUGGCCACUUUCUUCUCUGCGAUAAAAUGUCCGGGAGACCACCAUGAAAAUUCCUCCAAGUCACUCACCACCACAGUUCCUAUUUCUGAAGCCCCCGGUACUGACAUGUGUGCUUCUCCUACUACUUUAACCACCAACUGGUUACUUCCCACCACUGUUCAAGUCCCACUAAAACAGGAUGAGAACCAUGCAAGUCGGUUCAAGAAGGAGCUGAUGUGGCAAUGUCACGACUGCGGGUUAACCAAGGAUUCCAACUACUACAACCAAGUUGUAUCCCAUGUAGAAAAAGACUUUUGUGAUAUUUGUUUUGUUUCUCAAACUAAAGAGGAAAAAGUUGGCCGAGCAUGGAGAACUUCACUAAUUGAAAACUUGGAAAGUUUAAGUCAAAAAUAUUCCGACUGUUUCUCCGUGCAUCCCAAUCACUGUGCGAUUUACGAGGUUGAAAUGUUCACAUUAGAACUCAUGUCCUCCCAACUUGCCGACCUGAACGGAACGUUGACGGAUGCAAAAUGGACGCUGUUGGUGGAACGAUUUACCAGCCUUUGCAGAAAAUGGUUGGAAGUUGCUGAUGUUUUAUGGCCUGGCUUAUCUCGUCAGAGAGGCCAACUGCUCUACUACUACCAACAAGCUUUGGUCAUUCAACUGAUACUUUCGAUCUCACGUAGGAUGAGAGGAGGAGGAGAGGAUGACGACGAGACGAUUGGUGAGCAAGAGUUGGGUUCUAGCGAGAAGUUGGAAGAUUUCUCAAAAAUUCAACAAUCUCUUCUAGAGAAGGAAUUUCUUAAGAUUCUAAAUAUUCGUAAAGUUGUAGUGAAUAUUUUCUGCUACGAUGAUAAUGCAACUAUUGGAAGAAAAUAUGCCAACAGUUUAGUACUCAAAUGCCCUGAAAUUGAAAUUCUCAAACAUUACGUCUUUCAAACAAACAAAGCCUGACAUGACUUGGUAAACCAUGAGCAAAUUAUAUUUACUAGCAAAAAUAUAGUACGUAUUGUGUAUUUAUCUAGUAAAAUGUCCUCUAAUACCACCGAAGUACAUGACUAUAAUAGGACGCACGUAGUAUUUAGUUGUAGAAAUAGAUGUCAGCAGAAUUACAUAAGCAAUUAAAUCUUUCUCAAUGGCAGUGUCUUCUUUAAAUAAGACAUGCAAUUUAGAUAUGUAAAUACAAUAAACAAUUAAAAUAUGCGCAAUAAAUCGUGCAGAAGUACGUACUACAAGAAGAA